CUUUGGGCUUCAACGCGGGUUUCAGCAAAGCACCAUCAGCUGCUGCCGCGCUGCUCUGUGUGCUGCCGCCGACUGCUGCUGCUGCAGAAAGACGUCAGGCGCUGCGCUCUCUGUCGCAGCACAUGUGCAGGCUGCGAUCCUCUUUGGUUGGCCGCCGUUCCGAACAGACGUAUCAAACCAUGGGCGAGGUUUAAUUUCGACGCAGAUAUUGCAGCGUCGACGAGCAAAUCUGUGGCAAACACAUCCGUUGCCUUGCCCCUUCUGUCUGUCUUUGCGCAGCGCUGCAUUUCCCCCAGACCUGUCUGUUUGUGCGUUGCGCUGUUUCCGGAGCCUGAAAUUGCGAGAUUACGUCGGGCCGCGUUCGAUUUCUCCCCUUCGCUUUUUAGUCCCGCGCUGCGCACACAGUCACACACAAAACCCAUCAACUUCCCUUCCUCCUCUUUUUUCCCUCCCCUCUCCCCAUCCCAGGACGCAAGCUCCAAGCGUACUCUUCUAAACACACUCGCAAACCAGAAACACGCCGCUUUCUCUGCAAGCCUCACAAACCCGCACAACCAGCCCAGUGGACGCUGUCAUGGCACCAAAUAAGUGGGACGACGAGUCCGAAGAGGACAGCACGCCGCCGACAUCUCCCCCUCCAGUCGCGCGCAGAAAGUUCGACGAUGAAGAAUCGGAAGAGGAGGUUCUAGACGACUGGGAAGCUGCCGAGGAUUCAGAGGUAGAGCGAGAGAAAGCUCGGAAGGCUGAAGAGGCCAAGGCCAAAGCUGCUGCGGAGGCCAAAGCAAAUCACAAGACCAAAUCGCAGCGCAUAGCCGAACGUCAAGCCGAGAAUGCACGGCGGCGCGCUGCAGAGCUUGAAGAAGACAGCGAGGAAGAGGAGACGGAGGCAGAGCGACGAGCGCGACUGCGGCGCACCGAGAAGGACUCAGACUUGCGGCACGCCGAGGAUCUCUUUGGCGACCUGCAAGUUACGAACAACCGCCGGACUGCCAAACCCAUCACAGCCACGGACCCCAAUGACACCAGCAACGUCGUCGAUCUGUCUAGCCUACCCAUAUUCAACCCGAACACCAAGGAUCAGUUCGUCAAGCUGCGCGAAACGCUAACCCCUCUGCUGGCGGCCAACAGCAAGAAGCCACACUACACUCUGUUCAUGCAGGAGUUUACCAAGGCCAUCUGCAAAGAGUUGCCUAGCGACCAGAUCAAGAAGAUUGCCAGCGGCCUGACCACGCUAUCGAACGAGAAGAUGAAGGAAGAGAAGGCGGCAGAGAAGGGUAGCAAGAAGACGAAGGCCCAGAAGAACAAGACGACGCUGACGGCAGAUCGGGGCAUCAGUCAGAAGAGCUAUGCAGAUACGCAUAUUUAUGACGGCGAUGACGGCUUGGAUGAUGACGAUUUCAUGUGAGCGCGCCUCUCCAACAGUCUACGCCGAAAAUCGACUGCCGCCUUCCGAUCGAUUUGAUCAAGACUUUAACGCAUGUAGGAGAGUUGGGGGGAGGGGGGGAGAUCUUUCAUUUCUCGGGAUACCUCAGAUUGUUUUGUAUGGGCUUUGCCUGUUCGUACGGUUGCAUGGGUGCCGAUACGUAUUUAUAUGACAACGGAAAAGCGUGUGAGUGUGAGUGAGUGAUUCAGCAGUCACCAUCGGCAAACGGUGUACCGGAGUGCAUAAGCAUUUUGUAAUAUGUGUAGUGGCAAUGAGCAUGAUAGAGGGGGUGUAUCGGCGUCCAAGCAGUGUUCACGCAAAAAUGGCAAAAAUUGGUCAUGUAUGGAUUUCAAAUUCAACAUUGGGUGACGGGACAGGAUAUAUUUUUUUGAUUGCUUUUUUUCCCAAUUCAGCUGUGCUUCGUGCACGUUGCACAUACAAGAUGCACAGCAGCUAGUAGUCUUAGUAAGGAUAGAAUGGUAACUUAUGUUAACAGCCCAA